GCCUUGGAUUUUGUCACACCAUUCCUGGGAAAGAUUCUCCCCAGUCUGUACUUCUCUCCCUCUCCAUCCCAAUCCGUGUUUUCAUUGACACUUGACUCUUCUCUCUCUCCUUCUCUCACCCGCUCCCUCCUUCUCCUCUUCGUUCUCCUCCUCUCCCCUUCCUCACACAGUUGUCCUUACUUAUUAAAGUCCUGGUGUGAUUAUCUGCUGGAAUCUCUUGCACUUGUCCUGUAUUCUCAGUGUGGUGAGACUGAGAGUGGGAUGGGCUAAAAGAAGGAAAUGUGUGUCUCUGUGUGACUGUGCGAUACUUUGCGCAGGAGACACUCAAGUUCAUCAGGACUAUUUUGGCUCCAAAUAUCCCUGGAACCUCAAAGAACCGAGUCCGGACGCCCUGUUGUUCAUGCAAGCGAGGGUUUCUACGAGGAGUUUGUGGUGUCAGGGUGCAAGUGGAAAGACCCUCGGAGACAGAAAGAGGAGACGAGUGGACGGGAAACAGUCAGAGGAAGAGGGUCAAAUGUGGGGUUCAGGAAGCAUCAACCGAACUGGGGCUGUCCCUACGUUUCUGCGGACCCCCACCGUCAUCCAGCCUCAUCUGGAUAUGAAGCCCUUCUUACAGUUUCAAAUGGAGACUCCUCCACACAGUGUUGGGCUCUUCCACAACUUCAACGCGAUGGAUCCUGUUCAGAAGGCAGUGAUCAACCACACCUUUGGAGUCCCACUGGUGAAGACCAAACGGCCAAUCAUUUCCUGUAAUGUCUGCCAGAUCCGUUUCAACUCUGAGAGUCAGGCAGAAGCCCACUACAAGGGGAACCGUCAUGCUAGGAGAGUCAAAGGCAUCGAGACCUCCAAGAGCCGCCCACAAGAGAGUGACAAACCUCCUCCUGGGCCCGUCUCGUCCCCCUCACCUACGGGACCCUUGUCGGCCGUCUCAGACACCGAGCCCAACAAAACAGAUGAGAUGCGACCAGCGCCACAGUUAAACGGACCCGCGGUGGCCCCGGGGCCCUUGGCCAUUUCUGCUCCCCCUACCCCAGAAUCCCCCGGUCCUUCUGCAUGCCCUCUUCUGCCCACCCCCACUACCCCAACCACCCCAGCCACCUCCUCAUCACCCGGCUGUGGCUCUUCUAACCCUGAGCAGGCUGGCACCGGAGCCCCAGGGGCGCCAUCAGUCACUCCCAGCAACCCUGAGACCGAAGAGGAUAAAGCCAAGAAGCUGCUUUACUGCUCACUGUGCAAAGUGGCCGUCAAUUCGCUCUCCCAGUUGGAGGCCCACAAUAAAGGCACUAAACACAAAACCAUUCUGGAAGCCCGCAGCGGACUGGGCCCCAUUAAGGCAUACCCUCGUUUGGGCCCGAAGCCCAGCGGGGAGCAGGGAGGCGGGGCCUCAGACCCCAAUACUCAGGAACGCACCUUCCACUGUGAGAUCUGCAAUGUGCGGGUCAACUCAGAACUGCAGCUCAAACAGCACAUAUCCAGUCGACGGCACCGGGACGGAGUGGCAGGAAAGCCAAACCCCCUCCUGAGCCGACACAAGAAGCACAGGGGAGCUGACCUUGCGGAUCUCACCAAAGCAUUAGGCGCCGGCCUCCUGCCGAGUCCUCUGGCCGUUGCUGCAGCAAUGGCAGCGGCCGCCUCCUCCAAUCCGCUGGCUCUCCGCGCAGCAGGCCCCGCCCCCCAUCCACAUCAUCACCUCCUGCAGGGUCCGCCCCUCAGUCACGCCAUCUUGAGACCAGCUCCGGGGCCCAUUCGCACCUCACACGGUCCGAUCCUGUUCUCACCGUACUGACUCCGCCCACACCCCCCUUAGCCAAUCACAGCCAGUCCGGAGCCUCACCUCCAAAAGCACACUGUGAAGAAGAAAAAAUAAUGACUAGAAUCGGCUCAUCAACAAUAACGUCAAUCAUCAAACCAAGCAGAAGGGGGCGCAAAGUGGGAUCAAUCACGAAGGAGGGUGCAACUGGCGUUCCAACUCUCUUUCCAUAACCCUUAACUGCCUCCUCCAUCUCUGUUCGUUUGGUUUGAGUGAUUUAUUUGUUGAUGGAUGAAUGGACAAAUGCAGGGAUUGUUGGAAUAGAGCAAUAUUGUAUGUAUCUGACAUCCUUGUUCCUUCCCUCUAUUUAUACUCAUACUGUGAGGUAGCAGAAGUCACAUCGUAGCCAGACAUGCUGGAAUGAGUUAGGCAACUUUCUAGAGACCCCAAAACACACAAAUCAACACACAAAGACUACAGUUAAAUGUUUCUGUUGUUCUGAAUAAAUGCACCCUCAAUCCUAUGCACCUUGAGAAACCUACAGAAACCAUGUUACAUCAGUACGCUUCUUGUAGUAUUUGCUGUAUUCAAAUUGUCCUGUCUGGCUUUGGCAUCUUUGCAAGAGGAUAACGCCACAAUCUCAGUCACAGUUCCACCAUGUCAAGACUCACAGCAGGGGAGUCUUGUGGGGAAGGUCUAAGGAUGCCCGACUCUUUCCGAAUACUGGUUCGAAAUGAGCGUAAGAAGCUUAGCGUCGUCGAAAAGCCCGACUUCAUACAGUCGCAUCUCUCUCGGGAAACAGAGAGAUGCAGAAGAGAUACUCGAGAUCUCUUUUGUGUCGCUUUUACAUCCGUUAGCGCCAAGAGCGGUUGACUGAAAAACCCCAGACCUCUGUCUUAGAUCUUAGAAAAUCAGUAGAUGUCUAUUUAUUCUAUUGCGUAGCGUAGUUUAGUUCAGAACAUCCAACUUUAGAAAAUAUUCAGAAGUGAAAUAUGUGCGUAGAGAAUGAUGUAACUGCUGGUAGAUGCUGAAAUAAGAUGGACGGGUACUUUGAUUCUCAGAGAAAGGCAACAAACCUAAGCACACACUUGGACUAACAGUACAUACAGGCUGCUCUGUUCAUUUUGUCUCUGUUUGUUCGGUGGACAUUAUGCAACCCCCUAGCAAUAUGCCCCCCCCUUCUGUCUGACUUCUGCGUUCAGUCUCACGAGUCAGCCUGCAUCCCGGCAAGGACUGACACCGCAGGUCAGCCACUCCAGCCGAACCCCAAGAGUCUAGAAAAAUGAACAGAGUGAAGACGCAGAGGAGGUCACUAAGGACACGACUGUGCAAUCUCUCCUUUUUUUGGUAUGAACUUCCUGUCUUGAAUCUAAAGCCAUGCAAUGCAUAUUAUUAUUUUUUUUUUGGUUUUUAAUAUGAUCAAUUAAUUGUUUUGAUGUUGUUUUUUUUGGUUCGUUUUCAUAGUACACUGUUACGUUGAACAAAUAUUGUUGUGGAAAUUCUGACAAAAAAAAAAAAAAAGUCACUGAACAAAAGAAAAAAACAAGAAUAUUUUUCUAUGGAAGAUUGAAAACCUGCACUCGGAUGGGAUCGAGAUGUGGCUUACCCGUUGUAGAAAGCAUAUUUGGAGGAAGUGAAGUACAAAUAAUACAGAUAAACAUCAAACUUGAGCCUGUCGUGUUAGUGGAACUUUGCGGCAGUCUUCUAUUGAUAAUUCAAGUGUGACAAUGUCUUACUGUUGUUUGGAUAAGCAAAGUGUGACAAUGUCUUACUGUUGUUUGGAUAUUGCAAUGCAAUAAGCAAUUGAAUUAUGUCAUUUGUUGUAGAAGAUCAUUUAUAAAUGGUUCUGUACGGCUGCUAAUAGGCCUCCAUGUUCUUCCACAGAGAGAAAUUAGCCUUUCCAGUACAAAAGCUGGGAGUUUAAAAAGUAAGAAAGGGGCACCCACAGGGACGGGCCCUUCAUAUUAAAGGGUCUUUUCUCAUCUCUGAGUGGGGGGACAGGGUAUAUCUGAACACAAACAAUGUGUAGUCAGCCAUAGCCUUUGCGUAUGUAGCUUAGUUUACCUUUUUGUUUCUUCGUGGCAUUGUUUGCAUUGUGUGGAAAGCGUCAUGAUAAUGCCAUUACUUCAUGCUAACUGUGGUUAGCAUCCACCAUUGUGCUUUGAUGAAACUUUACCUCUGUUUCUCAUUAGUUACCGAGGCACUAGUAUGGUGUAGUUUCAUAUCGGUGUGUAUCGUGUAGUGUCAUGUGCGUACGGAUAGAAUCCGGUUCUAGAAAACUUGCGAUGAGCAGAAUCUGCUUUUAAGGGAUUGUUCACUAAAAGAUUAAUCUUCUGUUGUCAUUUACUCACCCUUUAUGUAAUUUCAAACCCAUAUGCUGUUGUAUUACUUUUUUUUCAGUGGAAAACAGGAGAUGUUUAUGAAGAAUCACAGUACAACAACAAUUUAUAGUGACCAAGCGGUGUCAAGUGUAACCCCUCCUGUUCAAACCGCCCACUCUAAGUGGGACUUGAACCCGGGUCCGCCGGCAUGGAAGUCAGGCGCUCUAACAAGGAGGCUAAAGACCACAGUCUCUUGAGAUCAGGGGAGUGAGGUUUAAGGCAGGAACACACCAAGCCAACGGUCGGCCGUCAGGCAGUUUUCCUUGGUCGGCCGACUAAGUUUUCUCAGUGUGUUCCGCACCGUCGGCUGAAGUUGGUCCUCGUCGGUCCGUCGGGCCAUCUGAUCAUUCUGAUUGGCUGUUCAGCUACUGCCGCCUGCUGUUUCGGAAAGGCAUUUCAUCUCACGCAGGCGCAGAACUGACGUGCUGCUUGGCCGUCGGCUGUUGAGCAUCGGUUUUGGUGUGGCACGGCAACUUUGGACACAGACGCUGCCGACGUGAGCAAACCCCGCAGUCUACUUUCGUCGCCACUAGUCUGGCCUUUACAAGCACAGCUCUUACCGGCCUACGUCUGUUACACUCACCCCCCUAAACGUCAUUCCCAUCCGGGUCACGGCACCAACGUAACCCCUCCUGUUCAAGCCGCUUGCUCUAAGCGGGACUUGAACCCGGGUCCACCCGCAUGGGAGUCGGGCACUCUAACAAGGAGGCUAAAGACCGCAGUCUCCAGUGUCAGUUGCUAGAGCGCUUCUUGAGAUCAGGGGAGUGAGGUUUACAUGCACAGCUCUUAUCAGCCUACUCCGUUACACUUGCACCAAAAAGGAAAAAAAGAGAGAGAGAAAAAACACCAUAAUGUGUCCUAAAAAUAGUCUUUUGUGAUGAUAAAUACAAUAAUUAUACCUGCAAACAUGUCGUUUUUUGGCAAAUUUGUCAUUCUGACAUUAACGCCACCUACUGUCAGAAAGUUAUUUUGCAUUUUAAUCCAACCCCUAACCAAUUAUAUACAGCAUAGACUUUAUGUGGAAUAUGCGCCAGAAAAACAAGUGCACUGCUUUUUUACAGUACAGAUCACUGACACUGGUGUUGUUUCAAAGCAACAUUCCUACUCCUAUUGUAAUAUCAGAAUAUGGGGAAAAAAAACAACAGCCUGUGGGUUCGGACCAGCAUGAGGUUGAGUAAAUAAUGACAGUGUUUAAAUUUUUGGGGUGACCUAUUCCUUUAAACUGCACAUUUGCAAUCAGCUGUUUCUAUCCCAAACUUAUUAAAACAAUCAGUGGACGGAGCAUUCGGCUGAUUUCAGAUGAGCAUUUUGUGGUAACACUAAUACGUGCACUGACACAUGCUGUAGUUUGAAACCAGGUGUCCAGUGCCCCAUUGAAACCAUGUGAGGUGAUAAAGCCAUCACAGCUAACACACUCCACAGGCUUGAGACAGACUUGCUUAGUCCCAUCCGUCAACACUGUAAAGACCAUGUUCAUCCUGUAGUGAGAACUAUGUCAUCACUGUACAGAAUUGUCUUUGGUAGAUUUAUUCAACCUUUCAGGGCAGGUGUAAUGUUAGUUGGUGAAAUCUAUUUUAGCCUUAGCCUUAUUCCACCCCAGGCCUCUCCAGGAGCAGACGCGGACGGAGAAGCUUCGGUCAAACCUCGUCUUGCCAAUAAAGUUAUUUUUGAAUUAAACUGUCAGAUGGGAAAACAGUAUGUGUGAUUGAACGUAGCAAUAUUCAACUCAUACUGGCUACUCUUGUUUAUUGCAAUAAGGAAAUCAACCAAUAGAUGCAUAUGUGAGUAAAAUAUUAUAGAUGUAAUUUAAAUCAAACACAGAAAAUUAUGGAAAUACUUGGUAUCAGAGAAACUUUGAGUUACCACAGGGGAAAAAAAGAGAAAAAAAUCAAUGUCUAUAAAUCAAUAAAGAAUAUUAAAACUCA